AUGAUCUUUGGUGCUGCCAAAUUUCUACUUGCGCAGAGUCAUACCGAUCUCACCACACCUCCACCCGGGCUUGGAGAGCACUGGGUCAAAAGAUUCCUUCAACGUCAUCCAGAGUAUAAUGAGAUAAAAGAGAAGCAUGGGAUCCAGGACUGUGAUGUCUACAACUUUGAUGAAACGGGGUUCAGAAUAGGAAUCGGCCGUGAUCAGUGGAUUAUAACGCGAGAUCCUCGGAGGAGAACCUAUGUUGGCAGUUCAAAUAACAGGGAAACUCUUACAAUCAUUGAAGGGAUUGCAACUGAUGGCUUUACUAUCCCUCCUUUAUAUAUUCUCACUGCAAAGCAGCUACAAGAGCGGUGGACAGAUGAAAUAGAGAAGGAUGCCAUGAUAGCUACGUCCGACACUGGCUAUAAUAAUGAUCAGAUCUCUUUUCAAUGGAUUCAGCACUUCCAUCGCUCCACCAAAGCCCGCAUCAAAGGAACCCACCGUCUGCUUCUAUUAGAUGGAUUUGAUUCCCAUUGCACCCUCGAAUUUAUGACUUUUUGUGACAAGCACAACAUCAUACCUUUCUAUUUAAUUCCUCACACUAGUCAUCUUUUACAGCCUCUGGACGUUGGUGUUUUUCAGGCUUUUAAACAUCAUCAUUCUGCCGCAGUCGAGGAAGCUACGCGACGUGGUUGUGAGAAGUUCACAAAGGUUGAAUUUCUUCAUGCUAUCACCUCUAUUUGGAAAGCAACGUUCAAGGUUCAUACAAUCAAGCAAGGAUGGAAAGCAACUGGUCUGGUUCCAUUCAAUCCGUCAGUUGUCCUUAAUAAAUUACGUGAGUUUGAAUCAACUCCUAUGGAAUCCAAGGGGUCUGUUUCCACCGACUCAGAGACCUGGUAUACUCCUUCCACCAUACACCAAUUCAAUCGAUAUAAGCGGAAACUGGAGGAUUUGGAGGAGGAUGACAACUAUGACGCGGACUAUAUUUAUAUGGGAUUACAAAAGCUUUAUAAGGGUAGUAUUGCAAUGGCCAAUACAGUGGCUCUUUUGCAGGAGGAGCUAGCUCAAACCUCUGCUGCCACGCUGGCUCGAGAACGCCGCCUCCGCGGCUCGCGGAGGGUGGUUAAUAAGGGAGGUGUCAUAUCCGCAAGCUACUGCCGCAAAAUGACGGCAAUUAAUAAGAAGGUUGAUAUGGAGGAGGCAUUGGAGAAAUUGCGGCCAAAAUGGAAGAGGGUUAUGAAGGAACUUAAGAGGCAGGCAGUAACGUUGAGAUGGCGGAUUACGGUUGAGCUGGCGGGCCCUCGUAAGAGGGCCCGACCAGCAGGUUGCAGUUAUUACAUCAGGGUACGGAGUAAUUACUUUGUGAUCUCUGGAGCCCAAAAUCCUAGCGGGCCGACGUUUUUCCAUAGUCCUCCUACAAGCUUCAAAUUUCAAGCUCAAGUCUAUGAUACUGCGGUGAACAUCGAUUCAAGAAAAAUAUCACUGAACAUGGGCAAACGCGGGAAUAAAAAAAGCGGUGGUGGUGCGGGCAAUCGCGGUCGUCGACCAGAUUUCUCCACGAUAUUGGUUAGGGAGAAUGAAAAAUAUGAAAAUUAUUACAACGGCCUCCAUAUUGUUCCUGAUGAUGAAAAGGAUGAAUUUUGGGCUGCUCUUAGACGGGACCUGCCUAACAGCUUCCGUUUCACUGGAUCCAAAAGCCAUGCCCUUGCUGUGCAAGAACGUCUGAAAGACUUCUAUAUUCCUAAGAUCACAUCAAUCACCCAUGAGGGCAACCCAGUCGAUCCUCCCCAACCCGUGCCCUGGUAUCCCUACCAAUUAGCAUGGUCAAUGACAACUCCAAAAAGUGUGAUCCGCCGUUUUGCGCCAUUUGCUUCAUUCCAAAAAUUCCUCGUCGCAGAAACAGAAGUUGGAAAUAUUAGUCGCCAAGAAGUAGUGAGCAUGAUUCCGCCGCUGCUGCUGGAUGUACGUCCCAACAUGACCGUAUUGGAUAUGUGUGCUGCACCAGGGAGCAAAUCAGCACAGCUGAUGGAAAUGGUUCAUGCAGGAGAAGAGGAAAGAAUGGCAGAGAUUGCAGCGAAACUGGAGUAUGGCGCUGAGACUCAAAGAAAAGAGGGAGCCCCAGACGUUCCUAGGCUGCUUAAUGGAAAAAUAGAAUUGGACGGCUUGGACGACGAUGGGAGAUCGGUGGGUUUGCUCAUAGCUAACGAUAAUGACUACAAACGCGCCCAUUUACUAAUCCAUCAAAUGAAACGCCUUAAUUCGCCGAAUCUGAUCGUUACGAAUCAUGACGCUACAAUGUAUCCUUCUAUUAAAUUGCCAUCUUUGCCUCCACCAGAAGGCAAACCUGUGAGGAAUAGGUACCUGAAAUUUGAUCGGAUUUUGGCCGAUGUCCCCUGCUCAGGUGAUGGAACCUCACGCAAGAAUGUCAAUGUAUGGAAAGACUGGAACCCAUCCAAUGCACUUGGUUUACAUACGACGCAGUGUCGAAUACUUACUCGGGCUUUACAAAUGCUGAAAGUUGGAGGGCGAGUAGUGUACUCGACAUGCAGCAUGAAUCCCGUUGAAAAUGAAGCGGUAAUUGCGAGUGUUAUUGACCGUUGCGGUGGUCCAAGCAAGGUCCACAUCAUGGAUUGCAGCAAUGAAUUGCCCACUCUGAAAAGGUUCCCAGGUCUGAAGAGUUGGAGUGUCAUGGACAAGCAAGGAAGAACAUGGACCAACUGGAAAGAUGUAGAAGAUGCCGUCUCCCAAGGCGAUGAGACGCUUAGCAGGAUGGUGGAAGGCAUGUUCUCUCCCUCCGAGGAGGAAGGUAUCGAUUUAUCUCGUUGCAUGCGUAUUUAUCCGCAUCAACAAGAUACUGGUGCAUUCUUCAUCGCCGUGCUAGAAAAGAGGAGUGACAUUAAGGCAAGGCCUGAGGGGAGUAAAAAGUCCACUGCAGUUUCUACAGCGACGACAGAAACAGGAGCCGAUCAAAAUGCAACCAGGGAGCCGGUUGAUGCAGUAACCACGUUGGAUGAAGCACCCCUCGCUGUAUCGGAAGUUACUUCAGCACCGUCAACGCAGAGCGUACCGAAAAGAACCAUUGAUCAAUCAGGCGAAGAUCCUGCAAACAAACGGCAAAAAGUAGUCGGUACCCAUUUCACCCCACCGACCGUCCCUUCUCCUGAGAAAACCACCGAAGAAACAAUCAAUCACAAUGGGCAGGAUGCCACAGUAAAACCGGAGGACAGCACACAAGCUGCUCCUGCGCAGGAGAUAUCCACGAUAUCUACAGCGCCGUCUCUUCCUGGCAAGCGAAAACCUGGCCAGCCAAUGGAGGAGCCAUUCAAAUAUCUAGAUCCUCAGAGCGCAGAGUUUGAUCAGAUAUUCAACUUUUAUGAUAUAUCACCGCAAUUCCCGAGAGACCGCUUCAUGGUUCGGAAUUCUCAAGGUCGCGCAGCAAAAACAAUAUAUUAUACCAGUACUCUAUCUCGUGAUAUCCUUACCGCUAACGAAGGAGCCGGAAUCAAGUUCGUGCAUUCCGGUGUUAAAAUGUUUGUCAAACAAGAUGUGCAAAGAGAAGACGUUUGCCCAUGGCGCAUUCAGACCGAUGGACUUGCUAUUCUGGAAUCCUGGGUUGGGCCCCGCCGUGUGGUUAAGAUAUAUCAAAAGGAGACUUUGCGGAAGCUAUUAAUUGAGAUGUUCCCCAAGGUAAACGAUGGUGGUUGGAAGCAGCUAGGAGAGAUUGGUGAAUGGGCAAGGGAUAUUGAUAUGGGAUGCUGUGUGUUACGAGUCGAGCCUACAAACAAUGAAGAUGGCUUCCGGGAGCGAAGGGUCCUUCCGCUCUGGAGAAGCAUGUACUCAUUAAACCUCAUGCUGCCUAAGGAAGAACGACGAGCCAUGCUACUCCGGCUGUAUGACGAUGACACGCCGCUGGUGAACACCACACAAAAACGACGGGCAGCUGUCACAUCAACCACCGAGCAACCAUCCGAGGUGAUAGACGUGGCUACAAAUGGCCAAAAUGGGCACACCCCUGCUGUGGCCACUACAGCAGAUACUGCGGAAGCUCCGGUAGAAACGGAUGGAGAGAAUGCUGAGGAUGGGGAUAUGACAGCGUAG